CGAUGACGUCAGCGCGCGUGAUUGGCGCGUGCCUCUGGAGCCGGCCAAUCGGAGCGCUCGCUUAGAAGCAACAAAUGACGCGAUCCGCGGACCGAUCAUCGGUCACGUCACCAUCUGUCAUAUAUGUAUUGUUUACAGUCGUCAGAUGUCAGAUUCAGCAUUUGUGCACUUUGUGAUUUUAUAUUCCAUAUCUAAAGGUAUUUGAAUUGAUCAAGGGUUUCAGCUGAUCGCGCGAGGAAGGAGAGCUGACGAGGAUGGUCCGUCGUUUUGACAGUUCGUGAUAAGGUUUCGAAAGAGAUGAAUAGGUUCGAGUACGCCGAUUCUCGGCUUAUGCCGAGUGAGAUUUAUGUGAGACGCGAUAUGGCUAUACGUCUCUACGACGGGGAUACGAAGACAAACUUUGAAGGCGGUGAACUAAUGCUGACUAGUCACAGAAUACUCUGGGGCAGACCUGGCGAUAUUCCACGGGGUAAUGUCUGCUUAUCGCUGUCGCUUCGGUACAUAGUCUUCUUUGAGGAAGACAAUCCCGGACCGUUUUCCUUUGGACGUAGUAAAAAGAUUGUAUUGCAUCUCUCCGAGCCUGUUGUUGAUAAAAUGCCCGGUCCAGCGAAUAAUAGUCUGUACAAUUAUAUCAAGCUGUCGUUUAAGGAAGGUCUAGACUCAAAUUUUAUAACACAAUUAUCCGAUACUAUUAUGAAACGAGCAUGGGAAUUGGCUUCUGCCGCAAGACUAAUCGCGCUUAGCGAUGACACUCGAGGAAAUUCGAAACUGUUACCGCAGAUAAAAACGCGGACGGGUAUCAUUGGUAUUGAAAGAAGUUUGCAAGAGAAACAGAAAGAGACUGACCAGAGUAUAUCGUUGGCGUUUCAAGAUCUCACAAAGCUUAUGGAUAUGGCUAAAGAUAUGGUGGCCAUCUCAAAGACGAUUUCUGCUAAAAUACGGGAGAGGCAAGGCGAUAUAACGGAAGACGAAACUGUCAGAUUUAAGGCUUAUCUAAUGAGCUUAGGUAUCGACGAUCCAGUGACAAGAGACGCGUACAAGAGCAGCAAUGAGUACUUUCAGCAAUUAGCUAAGCAACUUGCGUACAUCUUGGAAGAACCGAUAAAGGAAGUAGGUGGCAUGAUGACACUCACAGACGUUUAUUGCCGUGUAAAUAGAGCAAGAGGUUUGGAACUUUUAUCUCCCGAGGAUUUAUUACACGCCAGUAGACAAUUGGCACCCUUAGGCUUACCGAUUGUAUUGAGAAGCUUUGAUAGCGGCGUUAUGGUUCUUCAAAUUCGUUCUCACGACGAUAAUGCUGUCGUGGAUCGUAUAACGGAAUUGUUGAAGGAAAAGGAAUCUAUGACCGCCGAAGAUCUCGCACAAUCGGAGGGUAUAUCAGUAUUGUUGGCGCGCGAACGAUUGCUAGUCACAGAAAAGCACGGUAAAGCGUGCAGAGACGACUCGAUAGAAGCUUUGAGAUUCUAUCCGAAUCGAUUUUUAGAAGAGGUACCUAGUGAGUAAUUUUUAUAUUUUUUAUUACACAAGGUAUCUCAUUUUAAUCGAUCACUUUCAAUAAUUUUUUUAUUUUUGAUUGUAUAACAAAAUAUUUCAAACAAAUGUUGUUUGACUUGAAGAAGGACAGAAAAUGAUGCCUACUGAUAAACUAUUUUUUUAUAUAAAUUAUUCGUUUUUUAGCAAUUUUACCUUUAUAACUUUUUUUGCCGAAAAUUGCGAGGUAUCAAUUUAUUUUAAAAAAUAUGGUUUUAUUUAUAAAAACGUAAAUGAUCUCUAAAUUAUCUUGAAAAGCGUCCUUUAGAAAAAAUCAAUAAUGCUAUCUUUGCCUUUAAAUCAAAUAACUUUUUAUUAUACAAUCAAAAAUAAAAGUUUAUAGGGAUGAUCGAUUAAAAUGAAACAUUCUGUAAAAGUGUACGAUUGAAUCUUUUUAUUGUAAUUGUUGGCCAUUGUGUAAAAUAUCAAUGCUUCAAGGUUUUAUAUAUUCUUGAGCCUUUGUAUGCUCGACAUAUGACUAAAUCAAUUAAACACAGUUAUUUUGUAAAA